AUAUAGAAUUUGAAUAAAAGUAAAUAUCGAGAACAAACAUGGUACGUUCACCGUGUUGUGAAGAGGGGAAAGGGGUGAAGAAAGGGCCAUGGACGCCGGAGGAAGACCAGAAGCUGAGGGAAUACAUAAGUAAGAAUGGGUUCGGGAACUGGCGGUCGCUGCCGAAGUUCUCCGGACUAAACCGCUGCGGGAAGAGCUGCCGUCUCCGAUGGAUGAAUUAUCUCCGGCCUGAGAUCCGGCGAGGCAACUUCUCCCACGACGAAGAGAGCCUCAUCGUUAAUCUCCACUCCGUUCUCGGCAACAAAUGGUCGAAGAUUGCGAGCCACCUUCCGGGAAGAACGGAUAACGAGAUCAAGAACUACUGGAACACGCACAUGAGGAAAAAGCUGUUGCAAAUGGGGAUUGAUCCAAACACUCACAAGCCAAGAACAGACCUCAACCAAAUCCUCGGCUUCUCUCAGCUACUCGCAGCCACCAACCGCCAAUUAUCCGACAACACUCUCUUCGCCAAUAACAAUGCUUUGGAAGAUCUCCUCAAAGUCCAAUUGAUUCACAACAUUCUUCAGAUUUUGAACCCUAAACCCUUAUCAAACAUCGGUAGCCUCAACACCAAUGCUAUAAACCUUAAACCUAAACCAGCUGAGGGGCCAUCAAAAACCGUUGAUCCGCAAAUUUUCACUAACCCUAUUGGAAUUACCCCUCAAAACAACAUGAAACUGAGGUCAUCACUUGGAAAUCUUUGUGGAACCAACCCUAACCGGACUGAACCAAUGGGAACCAGCGGCUCUUGGGACAUCCUUGAAGAAAACUGGCUUCCCGAUUUGGUUUCGAUUUCUCAAGAGAACUCAAUUACCAAACCGGUUACCACCACGGGAGAUGAUCAGACCGGAAGAUGUAUUGAACCGGGUUUCUAUGCUUAUGUUCAAUUUGGUGAAGCUCAAUCCUCGGUUUCGGGUUCUCCCGAGACAGCCGGUUUGAACCAAACCGAGACAACUCAACUCUCAUCCGGUCCAGAUGCCUUCGAGGCUUGGGAGAAGCUCCUCGAUGAUGAAACACGUGAUUCUUGCUGGAAAAGCUUCUUAGACUUGACGUCCCCAAAUUCGCCUCCUGUCGCAUGGUAGAGAGCAACAUUUUCCUGUGGAUCAUUUGUUAUUAUAAAUGCAAUUUCAUAUAUUAUAUGUUCAGUCUUAUAAAAAGAAUACACAUACACAAACGGACAAUUGGUUUUUUCUUUCACAAGAUAAUACUUUUUUUCCUACUAGGCGAA